AUGAAUCAACAAACAACUACCGGUGCUUUUGAUACGUCAGGUACCUAUAAUUUGGAAGAAAUGAUCGCUUUCAUUCGUCAAAAUCCAAAUAUCGCUUUUGGUGUUCAUGAACAUCUUACUCACCAUUCUCAUCCUCACCGUCUAAAUGCUCCAACUCAAUCAUCAACUUCUCAAACUCCGAAACGAAAUUUAGAUUCAAGUGAUAAUGAUGGUGCACAGAUAUCAAAACAACAACGGGUUUUAUCGAACGGUAAACAAAAAAAGACUCGUGAAAUGAAUUUAUCGAAGGUUCCAAGUCCCUUACACCAAUUGAACAAUCAUUUUCCAUUGGAUCAACCUCAACUACAAGCAUCAGUACAACAACAACAUCAACUUCCUUUUGAACAGUUAAAACGUGCUGUUUCAAGCAAUCUUCCAUGCUUUUUCACUGAAUGCGAACAAGCAGAAAACCCGAAGAAUAGACCAUCGGAUAUAUCAGCAGCACGUGUAAUUGAAGAUUAUUUCAAACAACAAGGAAUCUCGAUCUCAUUCUCACUAGUCGGUCAUGCAGGUAAUAAAUUAAAAUUAGGAGUAAACAACAAAGAGUCGUACGCAACAUUAAUAACUACGGAUAAAUGGCCGUCACAAGUCAAUAAUAUCAACAUCACUGUGAUUAAGCCAAAAUUUACGCCGGAUUCCUUUGCGCUUGUGGUUCGUUAUCUACCUCUUCAGUACGAUGACGAUUAUGUCAAGGAAGAAAUUAAACGAAAUCUUCAAUCAGUCGAAAAUAUGAGACGUAUUCAGUAUCGCUUCCAACGAAGAACAAAUGAUUUUCGAUUUAUUGUUAAAGACUUGCAUGAAUAUAAUUCAACUUUAAAAUUAGGUCGCAUAUCGACUGGAAAUACAUUUUGUACUAUUACACCAUUUCUGACAGGUAAUCGAAUGACAUAUUGUACUCGUUGCUGGUGUCUAGGUCAUAUGAGAGAUAAAUGUAAUGGAAAAUAUCCACGUUGUCGAAUAUGUCUUGGCAAUCUUAUAACCGGUCAAACACAUGAAUGUUCGAAUACGGUCCGCUGUGCUCAAUGUGAUGGUGAUCAUCAUUCUUUAUCUAGUGAAUGUGGAAAAGUAGUUGAAUAUCGAUCUGAUUUAAAAGAACAAGUUGAUAUUGCAUUAUCAACAGGCAAACUACAGCGUUUAGUGCCUCAAGAUCAUGUUCAACCGACACAAUUUCGGCUGAAGCAAAACUAA